UGCUUUCCGGCCCAUUACUCGCGUGGAUGAUCACACAAGACAUGUAUCUUCCUGCAUCUGUUGGGCUAGCGUUUGCUGGUGCGAGUGAUUGGUUAGAUGGGUAUGUAGCCAGGAAAAUGGGGAUUGAUUCCGUGGUUGGUUCCUACCUCGAUCCUCUUGCUGACAAGGUGCUAAUUGGAUGUGUUGCUCUGGCAAUGGUUGAGAGGGGUCUUUUACAACCUGAACUUGUUGCCCUUGUGGUUCUACGUGAUGUUGCCCUCGUUGGUGGUGCUCUUUACAAAAGAGCUAACAGUUUGGAAUGGAAGUGGACAAGUUGGAUAGACUACUUCAACCUGGAUGGAAUGCGUCCGCAGAAAGUAGAGCCACUUAUGAUUAGCAAGGUAAAUACUUUCUUCCAAUUGGUAUUAGUUGCAGCAGCCCUACUCCAACCUGAACUGGGCAAUGCGGAGACCCAAACAUAUAUCAGCUAUAUCAGUUGGGUAGUUAUGCUAACCACAGUAACUUCAACUGCUGCCUAUGGAUCACAACACCUCAGGACUGGCAGAGUGUGAAGGCAAUGUUCUUUUAGUAACAGAGAUGCCUCACUAGUGUAGAUUUGCAACUAACAAUUUUACAAUGCAAGAAAUGUUGUAGGAGUUCACAAGUGUAGAAUUGCAAUUAACAAUUUUACAUGCAAGAAAUGUUGUAUGAGUGCUUGAGUUUAACGAAAGUAGGCUAAAGUCUCUUGUAGACCAAAGUAACAAUAAGAAUAAUAUUAUUCAAAUGUUUCCUUUAUUUUUUGAAAAAUAACAUCAAAGUGAAGAAGAAUAACAAUC